AUGUCGCUUCUCUCUGGCUCUGGGGUGCUUGUGCAGGCUGAGGGCUUCGACGUGGAGAAAGUUUGCGACGAGAUCGACCCCGACAAAGUUUGGAAGACGCCCGGGCAGGCGUUGUGGUGCGUGCACAAGCAGUUGCAGCAGCCCUCUCAACCGCUAUAUCUGCAGGCUAUUGGAGGAGCAACUGCCAACUCUGCAGAGGCACUGGCGCAGAUGUACAAGCUUCAUUAUGCCAUGCGGGCUGCGCGAUUGGCCAAACUUGGGGCGGGACCUGGCACUGGACCUGGCUCAGCUCCCACAGGUGGAUAUGCAGAAGGUCAACCAGGGGGAGCCCAGCCGCCACCCAGCGCGGCAGCCUCUUAG